AUGACUCGAAACAACCUUGGGGACCAACUUUCCUGGCUGCUCGGCAAUAUCUCUAUCUGCAGACCGGCCGAACUUUCGUUCCCGCCAGCCCGCGACCCCUCAGGCAUCGAGUCUUCCCAGUCGCAGCAGUCGCGCUCCGGAAAUUUAGGAUCUCAGCAGGAAAUCCCAAGCCGAACCGUAUCGCACUCGAACAUCGACCGUGCGAAUGCGAGACAAGCUCUUCAUGCCUUGGAUACGGUGGAUCAGCAGAUGCGCGAUUCCAGGGUGGCGAUAACAGAAGACUCAGACUCCAUGGCGAGGCUGGCAUCGUCUUCGAGGACUAGGAAGCCCUCAUUGGCUGUAAAGCAGCAGCAGUUGCUGACGCCGUCUUCAACAACAAGCGGUGGACGUUUUCAGCAAGCCUAUACGGCCAAACUACAACAAGAAGAGGCUCAAAAUGGACGAAGCGACCGAAUUGCACCUUUGUCGUCGCAAGACAGACGAAACAAGCCUGCGCCAGCCCCCACACCGGAUUUUCUUGACGAUGAUGAUGAUAUGAUUCUGGAUUUGACCGGCAACGAUACGAUCUUGUCUUCGGAUUCAGUUGCACUUGAUGAGGGACUUGCAUUAUGGAAAGAUGGACAUGAUUCGAGAUCGGAACCUUUGUCCAAGAGGGGACAAAAGAGAAAGAGUACGGAAAUGAGCAAGGCAGAGGAGUGGAACUCGGACUCGGAUGAGUUCCCCGACAUUUACAAGACGUUGGGCACGCCAGCUCCGAAGAGCAGUCGAUCGGUCAACGACGCAAAAACCAUUCCAUCAAGUCUCCGCCGGGCAACUGCCGAUAAAGGAUUCGUCGAGGAACACACCGUCACGCAGACGAUUAGCCGGACGCAGCGCACCUACAAAAUGACGGACGAUUCGCACGGGACACCACCUCGGAUACCGAUGGCACUAGGGAACCAGAAAGCCCUUGGACGGACACCAAGCAAAGCUUUGAGGAUAUCAUCAAGUCCUGAAUCGAAGACCAGGGCAAAAUCAGCAGGGCCACUUUCGACUCAGCAGCGUGCCAAGCACAGAGUUAUCCAAGAUUCGGACGAUGAGUUUGACGAUGGAGAUAUCGAUGCAGAUCUCCUUGCAACACCGAGCCGAAGUACGUUCAUGCCAGCCUCUGCGGCACGCUCGAGACCAGCAUCCUUUUCAAUAGACGAUGCAGAGCUAUCAGAUGAACUCGUCGCCCCCGAUACACCAUCCCGCUCUCAACCACUUAUGUUGCCACCGGACGAUUCUAUAAUGAGUGUUCAGGUUAUCUCUCGCCAGGAAGAUUCAACAAAUGCAUUAUCCCAGCAAACAAACUCUUCUCAGGGACAAAAAUCCACCGUACUUAAGUUCAUCUUGAGUACUCCAGACGCAAUGAAAGUGAGGGAAACAAUGAUCCAGGAAAAGCUCAGACAAAACUCCGAGGAGUAUAGUAAAGUUCUUAGGGAGGGUUCCAAGGAAGAUCGUGUGAGGCAUAAGUGCGAGAAAGAGUUGCUGUUGAAGCAAAAAUCCUGCCUCAAGGAAGUCUUUGAGCUCCUGGAAUCUUAUGCAAAGCUUGAUGACGAGAGAGAGGCACUUGUACAGCAAAUUGCUAGCGCCUAUGAUGAGGGUCGCGAUACUGAGCAGGACGAGAAUCGUCUAGACGAGCUGGCAGACAGAGUUAGGCCCUUGGAGCACUGCAUCGACCAGCAUCUCCCGAGCGUUGGCAUCGAUGGGGAAUCCUUUAUCGACGACUACCACAGGUCAAAGACUAUCGUCAUGGGCACGCAACCUGACCAAAAGGCUCCGUCUAGAGCGUCCAGAGAUGCGACAAUGUUUGCGGGGAGCGAUAAUCAGGUCAUCCAUCAAACGCAAUUCCCCGGAUCGUCACGACUUACCGACCCAAGGGACCACUCACCACCGCCGUUUCCGAGAACUAGAAACCAGGCUCCCAAAAGUGCGAAAACCAGUCGAAGAGACGAUUUUGAUGACGAGUUUUUCGACAAUAUCGAAGAUGACUUGCAUACGUUCCAUCCUCCCGCACCGCCUAUUUCUAGACCUACACCAAGUCGGAGGAGCCCAGUAAAAGCAUCACGUUCGCGAGCUCUGGAUAUGUCCAGUGACUACGGCGAUGAUGCAGAUGCGGACAUGCUCGCACUAGCGCAGGACUUUGAGCUUCGUCAGUCGUCGUCCGCGGAAGAUGCCACGAAAAGGAGAAGCGUUCUCACUGCGACGUCAGGCAACGCUUCGCAACUUUCAAAAUCAGCAGCGCCUUUGAAAAAGAGAGAAGCGUCCAAGGCGAAGCUGUCGAUACCACCCGAGCUAAUGAAACAUCCCUGGUCGCCAGAUGUUGGAAGGGCUCUGAAAGACAGGUUCAGGAUGAGAGGUUUCCGAUCCAACCAGCUUGAAGCUAUCAAUGCCACACUAGCAGGGAAAGACGCGUUUGUGCUGAUGCCGACUGGUGGAGGAAAAUCGCUUUGUUACCAGCUCCCAGCUAUCGUCAAUAGCGGAAAGACGAGAGGAAUUACAAUCGUCGUCUCUCCUCUUCUCAGUCUAAUGCAAGAUCAAGUCGACCAUAUGUCAGCACUGAACAUCCAGGCCGUCUCCUUGAACGGCGAGACAACUGCUCAGAAGCGAAACCAGAUCUUUUCAUCCUUCAAGGAGAGAAGCCCAGAACUCUUCAUUCAGCUACUCUAUGUCACGCCUGAGAUGCUGAACAACAGCCCAUCUUUCAUGAGGGCGCUGAAGACACUUUACUCAGGCAAAAGACUUGCGCGGAUUGUCAUUGACGAAGCUCACUGUGUCAGCCAGUGGGGUCAUGAUUUCCGGCCGGACUACAAAGCUUUGGGUAAACUCCGCCAUGAAUUCCCGACAGUGCCUAUCAUUGCACUGACGGCAACGGCAACCCAGAAUGUCAUUGUUGAUAUCAAGCAUAACCUGGGCAUGGACAACUGCCAAGUAUUCUCCCAGAGUUUCAACAGACCGAACCUUACCUACGAGGUUCGUAGAAAGGAGAGAGAGUUAGUCCACAAGAUCGCUGAGCUCAUCCAAAACAAAUACGACCGGAAAUGCGGAAUUAUUUAUACGCUCUCGAGGAAGACAUCCGAGCAGGUUGCCGAGAAGUUGCGCGAUAAAUACGGCAUUUUGGCGCAUCAUUAUCACGCGCAGAUGCCAGCCGAGGACAGAAUCAAAAUCCAAAGACAAUGGCAACAGGACAAAAUCCAUGUCGUCGUGGCAACUAUUGCUUUCGGGAUGGGUAUCGACAAGCCUGAUGUCCGAUUCGUUAUUCACCAUUCGAUCCCCAAAAGCUUAGAAGGUUAUUAUCAAGAAACGGGACGGGCUGGCAGAGAUGGCAACCCGUCCGAUUGUAUUCUAUACUUCGGGUACCAAGAUGUUGUUACGUUGAGGAAGAUGAUUGCAGACGGCGAAGGCAAUGAGGUACAGAAGGAGCGGCAACGGGUGAUGCUCAAUCGGGUCACUGCGUUCUGCGACAAUCUGGAGAACUGCCGCCGCGUUGAAAUUCUUCGUUACUUCGGCGAAGUAUUCAAUGGGGACGACUGCAACAAGACGUGUGACAACUGCCGAGCAGGGGCUGUUUUCGAACAGAAAGACUUCUCGGACAAGGCCAUUGCGGCUAUUCAAGCGGUGGGGAACCACGAGAAACUGACUAUCAACCAGUGCAGUGAGAUUCUCAUGGGAAAGAGAUAUCAAGCAAACCUUAUCCCGCACCCGGACGACCCCCAUGGCAUCGCUAAAUCAUUGAAGAAGCAUGAGAUUGAGCGCAUCAUCGACAGACUUACAGCUGAGGAGGCCCUAGAAGAGGAAAAUGUGGUGAACAGGAGAGCCAACAUUGCGAUUCAAUAUCUCAUCGUACGUCCAUACAUUUCUUCCUAUUCUCCUUACGCUGCGUAA